AUGAUCGUCCCACGCUCGUCUUGCCGUCUGGCGAGACACGCACUGUCUCGGGCCCAGCUGUGCCAGGGCUCAAAACGAGCCGCGCCUGCGGGUGCGGUGCUUGGCCGGCCCCAGACAGACCGUCGUUACAUGAGCGCCGGCGCCUAUCGGACCCCUGCCGGACUGAAGAAUCUUCUGCGCGUCUCGGAGGAGGUUGCCGACGCCGUCGCAACCAACAAGCCCGUCGUUGCUCUGGAGUCGACAAUCUACACCCACGGCGCGCUGGCCAACGACCUCGGUUUGGAGGACGUCGUUCGUCGGGGCGGUGGUGUACCCGCCGUCUGCGGUAUCCUCAACGGCGAGCCCGUCGUUGGUUUGACCGAGGCGGAGGUCGCACAGAUGGUCGACUCUGGCACCGCCAGCAAGGUUUCGAGAAGAGAUGUUGCUCACUUGGUUGGACUGGGCAUCACGGGCAAGAAGGUCCACGGCGGCACAACCAUCGCCGGCACCAUGCUGCUCUCAAGGCUCGCCGGCAUCCGAGUCUUCGGCACCGGCGGCCUCGGCGGCGUCCACCGCGGCGGCGAGAACUCCAUGGACGUCUCGGCGGACCUCACGGAGCUCGGCCGCACCCGCGUGGCGGUCGUGAGCUCCGGCUGCAAGGGCUUCCUCGACAUCCCGCGCACGCUCGAGUUCCUCGAGACGCACGGCGCCUUCGUCGCGACCUUUGCCGACGGCCGCACGGGCAGCGUCGACUUCCCCGCCUUCUGGGCGCGCGAGAGCGGUACCAAGAGCCCCCUGGUCGUCCAAACCGAGCGCGAGGCCGCCGCCAUGAUCCUGGCGCAGGAGAGGCUGGGCAUCGAGUCCGGCAUGCUCUUUGCCAACCCCAUCCCCGAGGAGCACGGCAUCCCCCGCGCGGAGAUGGACGCCGUCAUCGAGACGGCCGUCACGGAAGCCGUCGAGAAGGGGUUCACCGGGGCCACCAACACGCCGUACGUCCUCGGCAGGAUCAGGCAGUUGACGCAGGAGCGGAGCACGCUGGCCAACGUUGCCUUGGUGAGAGCCAACGUGGCGAGGGCCACCAAGAUCGCCGUGGAGCUCUCGAAACUGCUGAACGGGGAUGCCGGAGCGGAAUCCGUCUCUCCAAACACGUUUGUUUCUGGUUAUGACGUCCCUGCCGCUGCGAAGCCCGCGACCAAGGCGGAAGCGCCCAAGCCGAGCAAGGCGGAUGUUCUUGUGGCAGGAUCCGUGGCCAUUGACCUGAGCUGUGACUACCACCCCCUUGGAGACAAGAAAGAGGUCUCCCCCCAUAUGCAUACGUCAAAUCCUGCCUGCAUCAGCCAGUCCAUCGGCGGCGUCGGCCACAACGUGGCCCUCGCAGCGCACAGGGUGAGCAAGGACAUCAGCGUGCGCCUUUGUAGCUUGAUCGGAGACGACGUUGCCGGAGCGACCGUGCUCUCCUCCCUCGAGGCGUCGGGUCUCGAGACGACGUACAUUCGCCAGCUCACGUCGGACUACCACGUCUCGAACCGCACCGCGCAGUACGUCGCCGUCAACGACGCCGAGAAGAACCUCGUCAUGGCCAUGGCCGACAUGGGCAUCUUCGCCAACCACUCGUUCCCCGACUACUGGAAAUCGGCCGUCGCCGGCGCCAAGCCGCGCUGGCUCGUCGUCGACGGCAACUGGAGCCCCAAGGACAUCCGGGCGUGGAUCCAGGCCGGCCGUGAGCACGCCUGCAAGGUCGCCUUCGAGCCCGUCUCGACGGCCAAGUCCACCGGCCUCUUCCCGCGGGGGCAGCACCCGCACCUCGGCGUGUUCCCGGAGCCGGGCAUCGACAUGGCGUCGCCGAACCAUUACGAGCUGACGGCCAUGUACGACGCCGCCAAGGAGAACGGCUUCUUCGAGACCCCGGAGUGGUUCGAGGUCAUCGACGCGUUCGGGAUGCACGGCGCCAGGGAGCGCUUCGUGUACCUGACGUCCAGGGAGAUGACAGACGCGGGGGUCCCUGUGCAGACGAUCCACCUCCUGCCCUACAUCCCCACCAUCGUCACGAAGCUGGGCUCCAAGGGCGUUCUGUUGACCACGAUCCUGAGCAAGGACGACCCUCGUUUGAAGGAUAGAAACGAGGAGAGGUGGCUUCUCACCAGGGCCCGCGCCGACCACCCUACGAUCGGCGGCGUAUACAUGCGUCUGUUCCCGCCGGCGGAAACGGUCGCCGCGGAAGACGUCGUCUCUGUCAACGGCGUUGGAGACACGUUCCUGGGCGUCAUGGUCGCGGGCCUGUCGAAGGGGGGCAAGGUUGAGGACCUGAUCGGCGUUGCGCAGAAGGCGGCCGUCUUGACCCUGAAGAGCCACCAGAGCGUGAGCCCUGACCUGGGAAGGCUCGACGGGCUGUUGAAGGCCGCCGUGAGGGGCUGA